AUGGCUCAGUCUGUACAUGGACACCAGUGCGGUGCCAGUGGAAUUGUCAUCAGAUCUCUGAUUCGCCUUCAUCAGUACAUCCUAGACAACAGCGACUCAAUUUCCAGUGAAAUCUCUCCAUUGCAACUUCGAGAAUACUCGCAUAUCACGCUUGAAACGUUAGCUAGGAUGAUGGCGGAAAUCGCCCGCGACCAUAUAGAGCGCUUGAUUCCCGAUCGCAUCGACUCGCUCCCGCUAACAUGCUCCUACAACAUGCGUACAAUGAUGGAUUUUAUCAAAGAACGCCCGGGAAACUCCACCAAUAAGAGCUCUCCAGCUGCCGUGGAUGAUUUUGCGACGCUCUAUGAGGUCGCACUCAAAAGAUGGCGAUCUACUGUGUAA